AUGGAGCGCAUGAGGAGAAUUGCUGGGAUGGGCAAGGCUAAGGUUCCAUCUGUGGUUCAGGCCGAAGACAAAGAUGAGAGCGUUGUCUUCUUCAGGGAGCUGUACAAGCGCGAGAAGUAUAGGGAUGUGAACCUCCUGGAACCAAUGUACUCAGUCGAGUUUGAUGCUAUCCAAGGUGGUCAUGUGUGCAGAGUUCCCUCAGGAAAGAGAGAUUUCCUUAUACCAGUGGACGAGAAGCAUGAUUAUGACUGGCUGAUGACACCUCCGUCUGCACCACUGUUUCCUUCCCUUGACACUGAAGCCAACUCCUCUCGAAUGGUACUCCAAAAGGAGCUACCAAUCCCUCCUCGUCCAGUUAAACCGUCAGCCUCAAGGCUCUCAGGCAAGCUGGAUGGAUCCACAACAUUGGCACGACCAGCAUCACAUACAGCUAGCUCUUCAUCAAAAACAGCCUGCGUCAAAGGCGCUCCGGCUGUCUCCAAAGAGAAGAAGCAACCGCGCACUGCAGACCAGAGACCAAGCCACAAGGUUCCGACGAAUGGGAAGCAGAAGGCAGCAGCUGCAUCUAUUCCAGGUACCCGAACAAGUGGUGCUGGUGCACCGAAGAAACACUCGGAGAGGUGCUAUGCAAGCCAAGCCAGCGGCACAAGCACAAGCACGGUCAAGGGAGUGGCAGACCAAGAAGUCCCUUUCAAGGCACCGAAGAAUCUCAUCACAACAGCCCGAUCGAUAUUCCGGCGCCAAGCUCCACCGGCGGUGAGUGCUCAGAGCAAAGGCGCUCCACCGGCGGUGAGUGCUCAGAGCAAAGGUUCUGGGUCCGGCGUAGAUGUCAAGAAGAAGAAGAAGAAGAAUGGCAAGGCGACGAGGCAGUCAUGUCCGCCGGCUGCCACAAGGGGCAUGACGAUGUCGGAGCUGCUGUUACAGGACAGGAGGAAUGAGCUGCCGCCGAGAGGGACGAACGUAACUGGGAGUGGCGCCGGCGGUGAGCCUCCUUCCAGCACGGGUGGCCGUGCAGGCAGGGCACCACUGAUGAGGGGCAUACCUAAAGCAGAUGGGAAAGCAUGGGUGUAA